UUACCUACCUAAAACAGAACAGUGUGAGUGAACAAAUAUAAUAGGACAUAAAGGUAAUUGAUUGAUUGUUGAACAAGUAGAGACGGAAAAUACAAAUUUGUACAACUAGAACCUUCUGGCUGCUAAUAAGACAGACUAGUAGAUCCAAAGUGUAAUCGUAAUGGGGGAAAAACCGGUGAUGGUGGUGGGGCUGGAUGACAGCGAAUACAGUUUUUAUGCAUUAGAGUGGACUUUGGAACACUUGUUUAGAUCUUCACCGCCUCCUUUCAAACUCCUUAUCGUUCACGCCAAACCUACUGCUACUUCUGCCAUCGGCCUCGCUGGUCCUGGGGGUGCCGAUGUUUUGCCCUAUGUGGAGGCUGAUUUGAGGAAGAUCUCUUCAAGGAUAGCCGAAAAAGCUAAGAAGAUUUGUUCUGCUAAAUCGGUAAACGAUGUUGUAGUUGAGAUUGCGGAAGGUGAUGCUAGGAGUGUCUUGUGUGAUGCAGUGGAGAAGCAUCAUGCCUCUAUGUUAGUUGUUGGUAGUCAUGGUUAUGGAGUUCUGAAGAGGGCUGUUUUGGGCAGUGUAAGUGACUACUGUGCUCACCACACUCACUGCAGUGUGAUGAUUGUGAAGCGCCCAAAGAUCAAGGCUUGAGAUUUGGUUGAUGCUGUGUAUUUAUAUAAUUCCAAUAAUAAAUAGAGUAGAUUUGGAAAUUGGAGUAGCUAGCAAUUUUCACAAGUCUACGCACAAAAUUUGUAACAAAACAUAAUAGCUUGGGGCCGUCUCAAAAGAAAAUUAGUAAAUCAGAAACAAAAAGCUCCUAUCAGUAGUUUUAUUUGUUGAUUUUUUUUAGCGGAUGGAUGGAUGGAUCAUAUCCAUCUUUGUCCUUGUCCUAAGCCAAAUAGAAAAACCUUUCAAAGAAACAAAAUUACUUUGCGAAAUUGAUGAUUCAAUAACAAUUGGAGUACUAGUAUAUUUCAAUGUUUAAAAAUGCAGAUUAGUAGUGUUAUUUUUAA